CACAGCCUCCACUGUAGGCAGACGGGAGGAGGCUGAUUUAAAAAGCAGCUGGGCCUCUGGCCGAAGCACUCAGCUCUGCACCCAGCACUGCCACCCGUGGAGCACCCAGACUUCCGGACUGGCUCAGGGCGGGUGCCAUGUGAGCCCAGCUUGGCUCUCCUCCUGCCCGCCCUCCAUCUCUCCCUCCUCCUGCACUCCUCUGCUUAUCCAGCUUCUCCAAAGAGGGAUACUUGGCACCAUGUCUCUGCUCAACCCUGUCCUGUUGCCCCCCAAGGUGAAGGCCUAUCUGAGCCAAGGGGAGCGCUUCAUCAAAUGGGACGAUGAAACAACGAUAGCCUCCCCGGUUAUCCUCCGUGUGGACCCCAAGGGCUAUUACUUAUACUGGACAUAUCAGAGUAAGGAGAUGGAGUUUCUGGAUAUCACCAGCAUCCGCGACACCCGCUUUGGGAAGUUUGCCAAGAUUCCCAAGAGCCAGAAGCUCCGGGAUGUCUUCAACAUGGACUUUCCUGACAACAACUUCCUGCUGAAGACACUUACUGUGGUGUCUGGCCCCGACAUGGUGGACCUCACCUUCCACAACUUUGUCUCCUACAAGGAGAACGUGGGCAAGGACUGGGCUGAAGAUGUACUGGCUCUGGUCAAGCAUCCGCUGACAGCUAAUGCCCCCCGCAUUACCUUCCUGGACAAGAUCCUGGUGAAGCUCAAGAUGCAGCUCAACCCUGAAGGGAAGAUUCCUGUGAAGAACUCUCUUGCCCUCAGUGCCUGCCACCUCCCCAAAGGGAAGAAUGAUGCCAUCAAUCCUGAGGACUUCCCAGAGUCUGUCUACAAGAGUUUCCUCAUGAGCCUCUGUCCUCGGCCAGAAAUAGAUGAGAUCUUCACUUCCUACCAUUCCAAGGCCAAACCCUACAUGACCAAGGAGCACUUGACCACAUUCAUCAACCAGAAACAGAGGGACUCCCGCCUCAACUCCGUACUGUUUCCGAAAGCACGGUCUGACCAGGUGCAGGGCCUCAUUGACAAGUAUGAGCCCAGUGGUAUCAACGUGCAGAGGGGCCAGCUGUCACCUGAGGGCAUGGUAUGGUUUCUCUGUGGGCCUGAGAAUAGUGUGCUGGCCCAGGACAAGCUGCUGCUCCACCAUGACAUGACACAGCCACUCAAUCAUUACUUCAUCAACUCCUCACACAACACCUACCUGACAGCUGGCCAGUUCUCAGGCCUUUCCUCGGCUGAGAUGUAUCGCCAGGUGCUGCUAGCUGGCUGCCGCUGUGUGGAGCUGGACUGCUGGAAGGGGAAGCCCCCCGAUGAGGAGCCUAUUAUCACCCAUGGCUUCACCAUGACCACAGAUAUUUACUUCAAGGAAGCAAUUGAAGCGAUUGCAGAAAGUGCCUUUAAGACCUCCCCAUAUCCUGUCAUUCUGUCAUUUGAAAACCACGUGGACUCACCCCGCCAACAAGCCAAGAUGGCCGAGUACUGCCGGGUGAUGUUUGGCGAUAUGCUGCUCACAGAGCCCCUGGAAAAGUUCCCUCUGAAACCAGGCACCCCCCUGCCCAGCCCAGAGGAUCUCCGUGGCAAGAUCCUCAUCAAGAAUAAGAAGAAUCAGUUUUCUGGCUCAGCAUCCCCCAGCACAGAGCAGCCAGGUGGAGAGGCUGAGGGCAGCUGCCCACCCAGUGCCCCUGUGGGUGGAGACACAGUGUGGACCGGUGAGGAAGGGGCUGAGCUGGAGGAGGAGGUGGAAGAGGAAGAGGAGUCGGGAAGCCUGGAUGAAGAAGAGAUAAAGAAGUUGCAGUCAGAUGAGGGCACAGCGGGCCUGGAGGUGACAGCUUAUGAGGAGAUGUCCAGCCUAGUCAACUACAUUCAGCCCGCCAAGUUCAUCUCCUUCGAGUUCUCUGCCCAGAAGAACCGAAGUUAUGUCAUCUCCUCAUUCACCGAGCUCAAGGCUUAUGAUCUGCUCUCCAAGGCCACAGUGCAGUUUGUGGACUACAACAAGCGCCAGAUGAGCCGCAUUUAUCCCAAGGGAACCCGCAUGGACUCCUCCAACUACAUGCCCCAGAUGUUUUGGAAUGCUGGUUGCCAGAUGGUCGCCCUCAACUUCCAGACGAUGGACCUGCCUAUGCAGCAGAACAUGGCGCUGUUUGAGUUCAAUGGGCAGAGCGGCUACCUCCUCAAGCAUGAGUUUAUGCGUCGGCCGGACAAGCAGUACAACCCAUUCUCAGUGGACCGCAUUGACGUGGUGGUAGCCACCACCCUUUCCAUUACGGUAAUCUCUGGGCAGUUCCUGUCAGAACGCAGUGUGCGCACCUAUGUGGAAGUGGAGCUGUUUGGCCUUCCUGGGGACCCCAAGCGGCGCUAUCGCACCAAGCUGUCGCCCAGUACCAACUCCAUCAACCCUGUCUGGAAGGAGGAGCCCUUUGUCUUUGAGAAGAUCUUGAUGCCUGAGUUGGCCUCCCUCAGGGUGGCUGUGAUGGAGGAAGGCAACAAGUUUCUCGGACACCGCAUCAUCCCCAUCAAUGCCCUGAAUUCUGGAUACCACCAUCUGUGCCUGCACAGCGAGAGCAACAUGCCCCUCACCAUGCCUUCACUCUUUGUCUUCCUGGAAUUGAAGGACUAUGUACCUGACAGGUGGGCAGAUCUCACCGUGGCCCUUACCAAUCCCAUCAAGUUCUUCAGUGCCCAAGAUAAGAAGUCUGUGAAGCUCAAGGAAGCCACGGGAGGUCCGCCUGAGAAGCCUUUCCCUCUGGGGAGUCCAGCUGCCAGCCAGGUCAAUGGGGCAGCUGCCCCAACAAGCAAUGGAUCAGCAGAGCUGCGGACCACCAGCCCGGAGGAGCUACGAGAGUCGAAGGGCGUCGUGAAGCUGCAGCGGCGGCAUGAGAAGGAACUGCGAGAGCUUGAGCGGCGCGGUGCGCGGCGCUGGGAGGAGCUGCUGCAGAGGGGCACCGCGCAGCUGGCGGAGCUUGGGCCACUGGGCGCGGAGGUCGGCUGCGGGGGCCGUAGGCUCGGUCCGGGCAAGGGCUCCCGCAAGAAAAGGACUCUGCCCUGCGAGGAGAAUGCUGGGGCAGCACCGGGUGAGGGUCCCGAGGGCACGGACCUGCGUGUGCGCGAGCUGAGGGACAGGCUGGAGCUGGAGCUGCUGCAGCAGGGCGAGGAGCAAUACGAGUGUAUCCUGAAGCGCAAGGAGCAGCACGUGGCCGAGCAAAUCACCAAGAUGAUGGAGCUGGCUAGAGAGAAACAGGCUGCAGAGCUUAAGACUCUCAAGGAGACCUCAGAGAGUGACACUAAAGAGAUGAAGAAAAAGCUGGAGGCCAAGAGGCUGGAGCGGAUCCAGGCCAUGGUCAAGGUUACCACGGACAAGAUGGCCCAGGAGAGGUUGAAAAGAGAGAUUAACGACUCCCAUAUCCAGGACGUGGUGCAGGUCGUCGAACAGAUGACAGAGAACCUGAGGAGGCAUCAGGAGAAGCUGGAGGAGAAGCAGGCAGCUUGCCUGGAACAGAUCCGGGAGAUGGAAAAGCAGUUCCAGCAGGAGGCACUGACAGAAUAUGAGGCCAGGAUGAAGGGCCUGGAGGCUGAGGUGAAGGAGUCAUUGAAGACCUGCUUCAGGGCGUGCUUCCCUUCUGAGACUGAGGACAAGCCUGAGACCCCCUGUGGGGCCUCUGGGGAGCUGUGUGAACAGGACCCACUUACAGCAAAAAUAGACACCUAAGAGAGCCAUUUCUGAUACCCCUAUCCAACUGAGACAUUCUGCAAGGACGUUCACCCUUCUCUGGGAUGGGGCUCUAUCUCUCCAAGAGAAAAGGCCCCAGCAGCCCCAGCACUCUGAGGCUGUAGGAAGCUGAGGCUCCCUGGGAUCCGGGAGUCCCCUUCUCAACAGCCAGGCUAGCAGAGGAGGCAUGUACCAGAUACCAUCAGGGCGGUGGCCCAUCUCAAGCCUCGAGGUUCUCUCCAAGUUGACUUUCUGCUCCUCAUCCUUCUCUUCCAUCUUGAGUGAGUGUCACAUAUUUGUUGAGGGCAAAAAA